UCAUAAACCGGAAGUUUGUGGCCCGUCGGGAAGAGAACACGGAAGCGUAGCGAGAUGGGAUGCGAUGGCGGCACCAUCCCCAAGCGGCACGAGCUGGUCAAGGGGCCUCGCAAAGCUGUCAAGGUUGACAAAACUGCUGAACUGGUGGCAAGGUGGUACUACUGCACUCUGAGUCAGGAGAAGUUAUGUCGCCCCAUAGUAGCCUGUGAGCUAGGCAGGUUGUAUAAUAAAGAUGCUGUCAUUGAAUUUUUGUUGGACAAGUCAGCUGAUAAAACUCCUAUGGAAGCUGCAUCACAUAUCAAGAGCAUUAAGAAUGUAACAGAGCUAAAUCUUGCAGAUAAUCCAGCUUGGAGUGGUGAUAAAGAAAGUAAAAAAGGUGACACGUAUGAUGACAUGCAGUCUGCACGCUUUAUAUGCCCUGUGGUGGGGUUGGAAAUGAAUGGAAGGCAUAGGUUUUGCUUCCUGAGAAACUGUGGCUGUGUGUUCUCUGAACGUGCUCUCAAAGAAAUUAAAACAGAAGUUUGUCACAAGUGUGGUGUUCCCUUUCAAGAGGAAGAUGUGAUUAUCCUUAAUGGUAACAAAGAAGAUGUGGAAGUACUGAAGAAAAGAAUGGAGGAUAGAAGACUCAGAAGUAAAUUAGAAAAGAAGUCAAAGAAGUGUAAAUCAGCAGAAUCAGCUGCCCAGCAAGUCACCACUGAAGAUUCUGCAGGUCCAUCUAAAGUUAAGAACAGAAAGGACUGCAUUGCCUCCAGCUCUGGGGAGAAGAGACACAUCAUCUUCACCAAAAGUUCAGCAGAUGACAGAAGUUCAUCUGUCCCUGGAAAAGUCAGUAAGGCUUCUACUGCCACUAAGAGAUCCAUUGCAGACAGCGAGGAGAAAUCUGAGGCAUACAAAUCUAUUUUUACAACACACAGCUCAGCAAAACGUCCAAAGGAAGAGUGUUCCAAUUGGGUUACUCACACAGCAUACUGCUUCUGAAACAAUGAUGAGCCUGAUUGUAACCUUCAGCACUGCUUUCCUACCCUGAGGCUUUUUUGUACAACUCCAAUGCAGAAAGUAACUGUUUGUAAACUAACAAAUAGCUAAUGAACUUGUGUUAGUUGCAACUUGUAUUAAAUAAAAAAUAGAUAACCAGAAUCCAUGUUGUAUCAGCAUGCUGAAAUGAUGGAUAUUCACCCUGUGUGUUUUUUGUUGUUUCCCCAGUUGUAUGUGUGCUACAGUAACUAGUCUCAAAAGGAGGAACGAGGAUAGGAGAAUCUGCCUGCUCUCCUGUUGAUGUUUGCUGCAACUGUAUUUGAAGUUUUCAUUAUAUCAGCACAGAAAUUCAACUUUCUUAAAGAUUCUUUAGGUGUUUUCAAGUAAUGUACAUUUUGAUGGAGCACCAUAACUGUGACCCUUUGUGUUCAGUUGCACAGACAUAUAAACGCUUAUUUUGUUUGUGUUAGAACAGAAUAACUUUUCAUCAUAGUGUAUUAUCAUGGGGUUUCCUUUAGCCCUUUUAUUCUUAGCUUUUAUUCACAUCCAGGAGUCCUAUUAAAAUGUUACUAUUCCAUAGCAAUGAUUUAGUAGCUGAAUAUUUGAAUUCUGUAAUGCCUGCAGUGACCAGGAAGAGGCAUGGAGGCUUUUCACCUUUCCUUCUUCCUUUUUAAAAAUUAAAAUCUGCUUUAUUGAUCUUAUCUCAAACCAACCAGAAUAGGAGUGCAGAAGGUAGAUGGCUUUUACAACCACUGUGUGAUGCUACAGCGUUACUUUUGUGUGUGAAAAUGAUUAAUUAAUCCUCAUCAUUUCUUUUGAAAAGUGUCCCCGUUUAUAAUUGGCAAUAGUUAAUUGGAACUGCAAAUGUUGUGUUUAUAUUUGUGUAGGUGAUCUUCAUGAUUCAGGCGUGUUGAAAGAAACUGCUGGGAUUUUAUUUUUAUUUUGAUAGGUAUAAUUAAACAUUGGCUCUCUAGAGUUUAUAUGCAUUUUUGUUGGUGGGUCUACAUAUCACAGCGAAGUUUGGGGCUUACUUGAGCUUCCAGGAGGUGAGCAACCACACUUUCUAAGCAUGUCUCGUUGUCAGCUUUCUUCUUUCUGCUUUGUAUUUGUUUGUUGUUUGUUAUUUGUUAGUUACAGAUAAUGAAGUUUCUGCACAAAAAGACAGACUGCAGCAGUCCCUUUACUUGCAAUCUGAUUCUGUUUUGACAACAUGGGUUAAAGUCUUAUUUAUAGGAUUGCAUUUUUCUUUCACUUAAAUCAGUUUUAAGGAGAAUUACCUUAGUACUUUUGAUUUAGCUGUUACUUUGCUGAAGAAUGUGAGAAAAGGCCAUGUGCAAUAGUGCUUCCCUUUUCCUCAUAGCACGUUAGGCAGAGGCCUACCUGCUGACUGGGGAACGAACUUUCCUGCUCAUUGAGGCAUUACAGAGGUUGCUUCUUUUCCAUCUGGCCUGCUCAGCUAUUAAAAUAAGUGUAUGAUUACCAUGAUUUGGUUAAUAUACUAAUGCUUUGUAUACACUUGGGUUUAUUUUCUGGAAUUGAUCGUUUGUGCUGUUCCCUUUCAUCAGAAGGAAUUCUGUUUGGUAGUUUACCAUCCUGACUUUGUGGAUGGAGUUCUUAAAGUUUUGUUUAUGGUUUAUGGAAGCACUGUCAGUGACUGAUGAGGUCUUUUCCUUCCCUUUACGAAAAACAGCUGUGAAGGAAUGUGAUAUAUUGCUGGCGUGUGAUGCAAUUCAUCGCCACAAUUGACUUUUGUUAAUGUAAAAAAGAGGAGGAAAAAAUGGACACUUCUGUUAUUGGCAGGCAGUUGAGACUGGAACGUUGACUUGGCAAGUUUUAAUAGAUUCAAGCAAAUAGUUUGCUGGAG